GGCUGUGACGUAUGUGGUGCCUAUGACGGUGAUGGUCUGGGCUUACGCUCGGAUGAGCUCCGCCUUGAGGGGAAGAGCUAUUGGCGAAUGCACACAUCAUCAAAUGCAAGUUCUCCGAGCCAAACGCAAGGUGGUCAGAAUGUUCGUCUUGGUGGUGAUGGUGUUUGCCCUGUGUUGGUUGCCGUACCACGCUUACUUUGUACUGGUGUACCACCACCAGUCUUUAGCUUCAGCGCCGUUCGCCCAGCACAUAUACCUUGGCUUCUACUGGCUCGCCAUGGCCAAUUCGAUGUUCAAUCCACUCAUAUACUACUGGAUGAGCAAUAAGUUUAGAAUCUACUUUCGAGUGGUGUUAUGUUGGUGUUGGACACCGAAAACAACAACGCCGAGCGACUUGAAGAAAUUAGAUAUUAACAAAUCAUUUUCCGGACUGUAA